AUGUCGACCAUUCAACAGCUCAAGAACUUCAUCCGCCACGGCAAGCAAGCCCGUGCCGCCGAAGACCAGUCGCGAAAGAAUGAGGCCGCUCCUCAGCAAGCUGCCCAACCCGCCCACCACCAUAGCGCGCCGGAAGGCCACCACGCUCCCGCUCAAGCCGACCCUCACUCGGAAGCUCCAAUCGAGGGCCAUGGCAAGUCCACAAAAGCCAAGCGUGUCGAUGACGCCAACCUCGCCAAGAUCGUCGCCGAGGAGAACGCGAGCAAGAGCAAGUUCCCACGAUACCCGGGCCUCGAGCGAUGGGAGCUCGUCGCCAAGAUGGGCGAUGGCGCCUUCAGCAACGUCUACCGCGCCCGUGAUACCACGGGUGAUAGAGGCGAGGUCGCUAUUAAGGUCGUCCGCAAAUACGAAAUGAACAGCAUGCAGCGAUCAAACAUUUUGAAGGAGGUCCAGAUUAUGCGCCAGCUUGACCACCCCAACAUCAUCAAACUCGUCGAUUUCUCCGAGUCCCGACAAUACUACUACAUCAUCCUCGAGCUGGCCCCUGGUGGCGAGCUCUUCCACCAGAUUGUCCGCUUGACCUACUUCAGCGAGGAGCUCUCCCGACACGUCAUUGUCCAGGUCGCCAAGGCUCUCGAGUAUUUGCACGAGGAGAGAGGUGUUGUUCAUCGUGACAUCAAACCCGAAAACAUCCUGUACAACCCCAUUCCAUUCGUGGCUUCUAAGAACCCCAAACCGACGCAGCCUGGCGAUGAAGACAAAGCAGACGAGGGUGAGUUUAUGCCCGGCCAGGGCGCCGGUGGCAUUGGUCAGAUCAAGAUUGCCGAUUUUGGCCUGUCCAAGAUUGUGUGGGACAACCAGACCAUGACCCCCUGUGGCACUGUUGGGUAUACGGCGCCCGAGAUUGUCAAGGACGAGCGGUACUCCAAGUCUGUUGAUAUGUGGGCACUUGGCUGUGUCCUGUACACCCUUCUCUGUGGCUUCCCUCCCUUCUAUGACGAGAGCAUUGAGGUGCUUACCGAGAAGGUCGCCAAGGGCCAGUACACAUUCUUGUCUCCGUGGUGGGAUGACAUUUCCAAGUCCGCCCAGGAUCUCAUCAGCCACCUGCUGACGGUUGAUCCCGAGAAACGGUACACAAUUGGAGAGUUUCUGGCUCACCCGUGGGUCCAAGGCAAUGGUCCUACCCCCCGCGAGGAGAAGAAGAAGCCCGACGGCAUGAUCCGGGCCUUUGAUCCUGCCAAGUUCGAGGAGCCAGGCAAGCGUUAUGAUUUCCGAUCACCUGGAGCCGUCAACCUGCGCGAGGUCUUCGAUGUCAGCUACGCUGUGCAUCGCCAAGAGGAGGAGGGCAAACGAAGAGCGGCGGUGGGUGCCAAGGGUGGGCCUGCAAGGUUCCUCGGCGGCCUCAACGAGGAGGACGAGGAGGAGACGGAGGAUGAAGAUCGCAUGCAGAUCGAUGGCCAAGACCCUAAUGCUGGGGCAAAGCCCAACGCAGCCACGAACGCACUUGAGCAGAGCAUGCGAAAAACCAACAUCCGGGAUCAAGACAACGAGCCUCGGGGCCGAGAACGCGAACGCACGACUGACAGGGGUUACGGCCAACACUCUGCGGCCGUGACGGCAGCGGCCCGGCAGCAGGUGAAGGACCGCAACCGUGGCCGAGGUGCCUUCGAGCUCAACUUGGAUAACGCCACGCUAUUGGGCAAGCGCAACAAGAAGAUACCUAUCAUGGGGGUGUAG